CCGCCAGCUUUUCACCAUAUCGGCUGGCAACGUCUUGGGUUUAUCGCAACCUCAGUGGUCUUUGGCUCGGUUUCAGUUUGCCAAUGCAUUGCGCAAAGUGCAAAACUCAGCGGAAACCAAGAAAAGGGGCGUCAUCAUGUCAUUUUGGAGCCACGUACUGGAGGCCCUGCUGGCACUGGUCCACAUCCUGAGCGAUCGCCUGCUGGAGCUCGUGCUGGGCUGGUACCUGGGCGAGCACAAACGGGUGUCGGGUCCGCCGAGCCUGGAACUGCAGGCGACGCUGACGAGGAGCGCCGUGGAGUUGGCCCAACAGAUACGGGAGCGCAGGCUGCGCAGUUACGACAUAGUGAAGGCGUACUGUGAGCGGAUCGAGAGCGUCAAUCGGGAACUGAAUGCGGUGGUCGAUGGCCCCUUUGCGGAGGCCUUGGACCAGGCACGCGAAAUCGAUCGCAAGUUGGCCGAGAAGGAGUACAGCGAUGAGGAGCUGCGACGCCUGCCCUUCCUGGGCGUGCCCUUCACCACCAAGGAUAGCACCGCUGUGGCUGGCAAGCUGCACACACUGGGCCUGCUCAGCCGGAAAUCGGAACGUUCGAGCACGGAUGCCGAAUGCGUGCGCCUGAUGAAGGAUAGUGGCGCCAUUAUCAUCGCCACCAGCAAUGUGCCGGAGGUCAACAAGUGGAUUGAGUCGCGGAACAUGUUAAUUGGCUGCACCAACAAUCCCUACGAUCUGCGGCGUUCCGCGGGCGGUUCUUCGGGUGGCGAGGCUGCACUGAUCGCCGCCUGCUGUACGGGUUUCGGUUUGGGAACAGACAUUGGUGGUUCCAUACGCAUACCGGCCUUCAAUUGCGGCGUCUUCGGGCACAAGCCCACUUCCGGUGCGGUCAAUAUGGCCGGAUGUACGUUCAGGACCGGCAAGGAAAAGGAAACAAUGGUAGUUGCCGGUCCAAUCAGUCGAUCCGCGCGAGAUCUACUGCCCAUGAUGCAAGUUCUGCUGGAGCCGUCGCUGAAAUCCAAGCUAAAACUGGAUGAGAAGGUGGAUCUGAAGCGGUUGCGCUACUUCUAUGUGUCCUCCAACGGCAUGGCGCAGUGCAAUCCUAUCAACCGGGAAACCGAACGGGUGAUGUACAAGAUACGCAAACAUUUCGAGGGAGUGAGUGGAAAGGACGUGCAACACGCCAACCUACCCAAUACCAAGCUGACCGGAAAAAUGUGGCGCUAUUGGAUGACCCAGGAGCCGGCCAACUUCAACCUGUUGCUGGGAAACGGCGCCGAGCUCAAUCCAUUCGUUGAGCUCUUCAAGAAGAUAUUAGGUCAAAGUGACUACAGCAUGGCGUCCAUUUAUAGCCUGAUCGACAGUGUGCUGCCCAAGGAAAAGGAGAAGCUGAUGAGGGAAGCCACGUCCAAGUGCAGGAAGUCCGUUCAGGACUUGCUCGGCGAUGAUGGUGUGCUGUUUUUCCACAGCUCUCCGAGGACGGCACCAUUCCACUACUAUCCCCUGUUCAAGUUCAAUGAUUUUACGUACUUCAGCCUCUUCAAUGUGCUCCACCUGCCGGCCACACAGGUGCCCAUGGGUCUGGACUCCAAGGGCAUGCCGCUGGGCAUCCAAGUGGUGGCCAAUCCGAACAACGAUCGCCUUUGCCUGGCGGUCGCCGAGGAACUGGAGCGCACUUUUGGCGGCUGGGUGCCUCCAUUUCCGCUGAAGAACUAGUAGAUGCUUUAUGAUUGUGCUUAUGAUCAACUAAUUGAUGGAGAGCUUAGGGUGUCGGUAAUGCUGGAGACUGUCCUUGCGGGCUUUGUUACAGGAAAUUAAUAAAUUUGGCUUGUUUUUAAAGCGUUUCUUGA